AUGGCCUGUUCGCUCUCAGUCCCUGCUCUACCAUCCUUGGUGAAUAACCAGGCCCCUACCUUCAGUUUUGAUCAUGCCAAAUAUGUACACCCUGAUGCCUUCGGAGUUCGCAUCGCCUACGUCUCUGCAGGCUCUACAUGCUUCACGGGUGCUCCUGGCAUACCAACCUUUACGCCUAUGCUCGUCAACUCUGUGGCUGGCUAUACCCAGACCUGUAGCUAUACCGCAAAUGGAACCACUUCUACAGGCUUAUACUGCCCGACGGCUUAUCUUCAGAAAUUUCCCAAUACAGGCACUCUCACAAUAAGCUUCAGAGAUGUGGCUUCGAAUGGUGUGAAGCCACUGCCCUAUAUGGCUCGCUUUGGUACCUCGCCCGGCCCUGGUGUAACCACGGUGACUACAACGGCUUCGACUUCGACAAUAAGUACCUCCACAGAACAGCAGUAUGCAUUCACUGCAUUAGUAUUCAGGCCCACCGCCACCGUUACAGAAGUGUCUACGAGGACAGCAGCGACUACUAGCACGAUCACCCUCAGCUCUACCGGAUGCAAGAACGGAGGUGUAAAUGCAGUUAUUACCUCCUCCACUGUUAUUCUCGUUAGCGCUGUCGUUAGCAGCACCCGCAGUCUCGAUUGCGAAAACUACGGACACGGUACUUCCCUCGAUAGCGACAGCCUCCCUUUCAGCAGCUCUAUCAUCAGUGUCACCAGCGCCAUUCCUACCAGGUCUAUCGGCAAUCCUACCGCCGCUAUCAACAUCUCUACCACCAGUCUUGACAUCCCCAAUCGCAAAACCAUCAGUCUCGAUAGCGGUGCCUCUAUCUUCAGGCUUCGCCGGACCUCUCUCAUUAUUAACGCCUCUGCCGUCUGUGCCGUCUGUCUCACCUGUCUCACCUCCCUUAAAAACAGCACUUCUACCAGGGCUAUCGAUAUUCUUACCGCCCCUAUCAGCACUUCUACCACCUGUCUCGGUAUCGACAGCCUUGGCAUCAGUAUCUCUACCGGCAGUCUCAAUAUCCCUAGUUACAAAGCCAUCAAUCUCGACAGCAGUACCUCCAUCUUCAGUCUCCGUGCCACCAAUCCCGAUUUCGAACCCUCUGCCGUCUGUCUCGGUAUCAGCAGUCCGGGUAUUGUUUCCUCUGCCAUCCAUAUCGCUUUCCCCAAUCGUGCUGCCUAUACCGCAGAUUUCAAUACCUUCACUUCCUCUGCCGUCCGUAUCGCUUUCCCCAAUCGUGCUGCCUAUACCGCAGAUUUCGAUACCUUCGCUUCCUCUGCCGUCCGUAUCGCUUUCCCCAAUCGUACUUCCUGUACCGCAGAUCUCGAUACCUUCGCUUCCUCUGCCGUCCGUAUCGCUUUCCCCAAUCGUACUUCCUGUACCGCAGAUCUCGAUACCUUCGCUUCCUCUGCCGUCCGUAUCGCUUUCCCCAAUCGUACUUCCUGUACCGCAGAUCUCGAUACCUUCGCUUCCUCUGCCGUCCGUAUCGCUUUCUCCAAUCAUACUUCCUGUACCGCAGAUUUCGAUACCUUCGCUUCCUCUGCCGUCCGUAUCGCUUUCCCCAAUCGUACUUCCUGUACCGCAGAUCUCGAUACCUUCGCUUCCUCUGCCGUCACUGUCGAUUCCGAACAUACCGAUUCCACAGGUAUCUAUAUCCAUACCACUACCAUCGCUCUCGGUACCAGAAAUAAUCAUACCAGAGAUAUCGAUCUCACUGCCUCUGCCGUCGCUGUCUAUUCCAAAACUACCGGUUUCAGCGGUGUCUGUAUCACUUCCUCUGCCCUCCCUUUCAAUACCAGAGCUAUUUAUCCCAGAAGUGUCGAUUUCACUGCCAGUACCUUCAGUCUUGCUACCAACAGUAUCGUUACCUUCUGUGCAGAUAACUUCACUGCCAAUUCCCUCAGUCGCGAUUCCGUCGAUCGCGAUACCAACCCUAUCACUCGCCAUCCCAUCAACCAAGAUACCAGUAUCGUCAAUUGCGACCCCAAUCAUAUCAAUCGUCAUUCCAGCAAUCCCAACGCCAUCAGUCGCUGUUCCAACUCUCACACUACCCUCAAUCGGGAUACCGAUCCCAUCAGUGGCGAUUCCGUCAAUCCUGACCCCAGCAGUUUCUGUACCAGCUGUCUCAAUCCCGGCAGUUUCAGUAGUAGUAAUCUCAGUACCAACGUUUGCGAUAUCGUCAAUCUUAGUCCCAGCAAUCUCGAUCCCCGCAGUUCCAGUGCCAACACUGGCGAUACCGUCAAUCUCGGUCCCGACACUCGCAAUACCGUCAAUCUCUGUCCCGACAGUCUCAAUCCCCGCAUUUUCAGUGCCAAACCUUCCCAUGCCGUCAAUCGUGAUGCCGUCAAUCUCAGUACCAGCAAUCUCAGUCCCGACGCUCGCGAUACCCUCGAUACCCUCAAUCCCCGCAGUCUCAGUACCAGCAGUCUCAGUACCAACACUCGCGAUACCCUCGAUUCCCGCAGUCUCUGUACCAGCAGUCUCAGUCCCAACACUCGCGAUACCCUCAAUUCCCGCAGUCUCAGUACCAGCAGUCUCAGUACCAGCAGUCUCAGUACCAACACUCGCGAUACCCUCGAUUCCCGCAGUCUCUGUACCAGCAGUCUCAGUCCCAACACUCGCGAUACCCUCAAUUCCCGCAGUCUCAGUACCAGCAGUCUCAGUACCAGCAGUCUCAGUACCAACACUCGCGAUACCCUCGAUUCCCGCAGUCUCUGUACCAGCAGUCUCAGUCCCAACACUCGCGAUACCCUCAAUUCCCGCAGUCUCGAUCCCCGCAGUCUCGAUUCCCGCAGUCUCAGUACCAGCAGUCUCAGUACCAGCAGUCUCAGUACCAGCAGUCUCAGUACCAGCAGUCUCAGUACCAGCAGUCUCAGUGCCAACCAUUGUGAUACCAACAAUCUCUAUACCAGUAGUCUCCCAACCAACAGCCUCUGUACCAGCAGUCUCCGUGCCAGCAGUCUCCGUGCCAGCAGUCUCCUUACCUCUGCCGUCAAUCUCCAUACCGGCAGUCUCAGUACCAGCGGUCUCAGUACCAGCGGUCUCAGUACCAGCAGUCUCAGUACCAGCAGUCUCAGUACCAGCAGUCUCAGUACCAGCAGUCUCAGUACCAGCAGUCUCAGUACCAGCGGUUUCAGUACCAGCUGUCUCAGUACCAGCGGUCUCCGUGCCAGCAGUCUCUGUUCCAGCAGUCUCGAUAUCAGUGCCUCUGCCAAUCCUCUCCGUUCCUACAGUCUCAAUAUUGCAAUCUCCGUGCCAGCCCCAUAUGCGUUCCCGCCUCGUAUCUCUGACAUCUUGAGUGCACUUGGUAUCACUGGUUUGUCUAGCCCGAUUGUCAAUGCUCCGACUCUAGGUCCAUCAAGUAUCCCGGAUGCUACAGCCGUUCCCACUCAGGGUUCUUCGGGUGCUUUGGGUUCUCCAACUCUCGGUCCAUUCGGUACUUCAGGUGUUCUAACUUUAAUCCCAUCAGUCGUUUCAAGUGUCCUGACUCUGUUCCCAUCAGGUGCAUCAGGUGUUUUCUCAAGCGCUCCAACUCUAGGCCCAUCGGGUGUUCUAGGUAUUCCUUCAGGCGCACCAAUGCCAGACCCGUCUAAUGCUUCAGGCGUCCCCAUUAAUAGUGCUUCCGGUGUUCCUUCCGGUGUUCCUUCCGGUGUUCCAACUCUAAGCCUAUCAGGUGCUUCAGGUGCUUCAGGUGCUCCUUCAGGUGCUCUAACCCAAGUUGCAUCAGGUGUUCUCACUCAGGUCGCCUCAGGGUUUCCCACUCUAGGUGUCUCAGGUGUUCCCACUCUAGACGCCUCAGGAAUCCCUACCCUAAUUAUCUCCAGUGUUCUUCCAGGUGCCUCAGGACUUCCUACUCUAGGUGCUUCAGGACUUCCUAUUCCAGGUGCCUCAGGUAUUCCCACUCUAGGCGCCUCAGGAAUCCCUACCCUAAGUAUCUCCGGUGCUCCUCCAGGUGCCUCAGGACUUCCCACUCUAGGCGCCUCAGGAAUCCCUACCCUAAGUAUCUCCGGUGCUCCUCCAGGUGCCUCAGGACUUCCCACUCUAGGUGCUUCAGGACUUCCUAUUCCAGGUGCCUCAGGACUUCCCACUCUAGGCGCCUCAGGACUUCCUAUUCCAGGUGCCUCAGGACUUCCCACUCUAGGCGCCUCAGGACUUCCUAUUCCAGGUGCCUCAGGACUUCCCACUCUAGGCGCCUCAGGACUUCCUAUUCCAGGUGCCUCAGGACUUCCCACUCUAGGCGCCUCAGGACUUCCUAUUCCAGGUGCCUCAGGACUUCCCACUCUAGGUGCCUCAGGAAUCCCUACCCUAAUUAUCUCCAGUGUUCUUCCAGGCGCCUCAGUAAUCUCCACCCUAAGUAUCUCCGGUGCUCCUCCAGGUGCCUCAGGACUUCCUACUCUAGGUGCCUCAGGUAUUCCAACUCCAGGUAUCUCCGGUGCUCCUCCAGGCGCUUCAGGGGCUUCAACUCCAGCUCUAUCGGAUGCAUCGGGCGCUUCAACCCAAGGUCCUUCGGGUGUUUCAGGUGCUACAACCCAAAUUAUUUCAACUCCAAAUGCUUUGGGCGCUUCAACUCAGGGCACUGGUGCCUUAGGUACUUUGACUCAAUUCACAACUCUAGGUGCUUCAGGCGCUUUGACCCAAGGUCCUGGUGCUCCUUCUGGUGCUCCUAGCGUUUCUUCUGGUCUUCCUGGUCUUCCUGGUGUUCCUUCAGCUUCUGGUGUUCCUUCAGCUUCUGGUGUUCCUUCAGCUUCUGGUAUUCCUUCAGCUUCUGGUAUUCCUUCACCUUCUGGUAUUCCUUCAGCUUCUGGUGUUCCUUCAGGCGCAGCUUCUGGUGUUCCUUCAGGUGCUGCUUCUGGUGUUCCUUCAGGUGCUGCUUCUGUUGUUCCAACUCAAGAUCCUAAUGUUCCGGGUACUCCAACUCAGGGUGCUUCUACUCCGGUUUCUCCUCCCAUUAGCUCGUCAUUGCCAACGUUGAAUUACAUGCCCCCAUAUGGUCAAUACAGGCAACCUGGACAAAUUGCUCCAAGCGGCCAGCCAACGACUAUGUUUGUCGCAACUGCAUUGCCGCUUGCGAGUAACCCACAGAUGGGUUCAAAUGAUCCAUUUGCAUGUCCUCAGGUGGAAGGUACCAUAUAUACUAGUGAUUGUGGUGCCCAGUACAACUUGGAAUGUCACACGGAUCGACAUGGAUCGUACAUGACCAGACGUCCUUUACUCGCCAAUUCUUUGAUCGAGUGCAUCAAAGCAUGCGAUAACACACCAGGAUGUGUGGAUGUUUCUUACACAGACGGUACACCUGGUCCCUGCUUCUUAAAGAGCACAUUCGGGGUCAGAGUGAACAGCCACCAAGUGGUAGGCGCGCGCAAAAUCUCCGCCUGUACGAUGGCGAACUCCAGGCUCAAACUCCAUCGUAAACGCGUUCUCAGACCUAAUUACACCGUCAAGCGCGUCACUGCUGGACCUGACUUCACAUUCACAUCGUUGAAUGCGGCGAGCACAACGAUCAGCAGUACCAAAACUCAAACUAUAACCUUGUACUUCGACGGCCUACUAUUCGUCAGCAACAACGCUUUCUUCUACGACUGCGGUAACAGUGACAAGCCUAGUCACUACUACUCUGGCACUGCCAUUGUGUCCUACGACUACUUCCACAGCCGCUCGCUAAGCAUCGUUCCAUGGAAGGCAUCAUGCUACACUAUAUGGAAGAUGCAAUAUGAUUCAUUUGAAGGAUUACCACCAGUACGGCUCUUGUUAUUCCUGUACAAUCUCAAAGGCCAGGAGAAAUCCGAGAUACUGUCUUAG